AUGGCAAUCAAUGAGGCCGUACAGGAGAUCUUCCUCCCGUUGCAAGGAGAGGUGUGUGAUGCUUCUGCGACUGUCUUCCUUUGCGUGCUUUGCGUCAUUGGAUUUGCUGUCAGCUUCUUCGGAUAUCGGAUUUACAAGGUGGCCUUCCCAUUCUUUGCCUUCCUCGUGGGCUUUGGCCUGGAGGCGUUGGUAGGGUCGCAGUGGAUGAACGAGAUGCCGGAUGAGUCCACCACUGUAAAGAAGGUGAUCGUUCUCGUCUGCUGCGUUCUCUGGGGGACAGUGGCAGCGGUGAUAGCGCGAAAGUGCCAGAACAGCAUAGAGAAGGUGCUGGGCGUUUUGUUCGGUAUCUCCCUGGGACUAGCUGCAGCAGGCAUCCUACUGUACGCCUUCCAUAGGCCUCUGGAAAAAGCCAUCGGGGACGGCUACAAGGGUUGGGAGCAGUUCGGAGGGAUCACCGUGGGAGUUCCUUUGGCUUGUCUGACCGGCUACUUCUGCAGGACCUGGGUGAAGCACCUCAUCAUGCUUGUCACAGCCUUCUUUGGAGCGUGGACUGCGUGGCUGUGCGCUACCAGUCUUUUGAGGUGUGCAGAG